AUGCUGUGGGGAAUAACAUUGGAGUGUGUUGAGGACCUGCCGUCUCUGAAGCACAUUCCUCCGAAGGACAGGAAAACAUAUCUCACAGAUGAUCAUACUGGCUCCAAGAUCCUUCGUCACCAGUCAUCAGUUUGUGUGGUGGCCGAUGGGGAAGUGGUCGGCUUUGGCACUGUGAACCGAGUGGAAGAUCUCUUGGUCCGCAGCCCUCCUAUUGUUGUCAUUCAACUAGACGGGCGGGCGAGUACAAGUAGAACAAUCCUCCAGCUCCAUAAUGCCAAAGACGUGAAGCUCCUACAGAUCGACACCACUCUUUUUGCCUUCGAGCCGGUGCUCAAGGCAUUGCAGAAGAUGCAGCACAUCCCAGUAUCUGAUGAGCUGCUGUUCUGGAAGUGUGGUACCACUCUGCAGAGGCCCCUGCAGAUGGCAGAUGCCAUCAUCGCAGCCAUUGAAGCCAACCAUUCUGGAAACUUGCAACACUUGCUUCAGACUCCCAACCCCAUAAAUCUAGAUUGCUCGCAAGCAUCUUCUAUUCUUUCUGGCCUGACACAGAAGGUAUCCUUGAUACAGGGUCCUCCAGGGACCGGAAAAUCGUUUGUGGGUGCCCUCUUAGCCAAAGCUCUGCACGACUUCACGGAUCAAACAAUUCUUGUCGUGUGUUAUACCAAUCAUGCUCUAGAUCAGUUUUUAGAGGAUCUUCGCAAAAUUGGCAUUCCUGACGAUAACAUGGUCCAACUUGGGGGCAGAGCCACACCACAGCUCGCGCAUCUCAACCUCUUCAGUCCUUGCCAGAGAACCUCCCAGCCCCUGCGGUCCAAGGCUGAUUGGACGAUGAUUGAUGAAUUCAAGAACAGACUUCAGUUUCACUGUAGUCGGCUUGACAAGUCUGUUGCGGAGUUCGUGGCAAACAAGAUUUGUUAUGAGGACAUCUUAAUGCAUAUUGAGUUCAAGGACGAGGAUUAUUUUGAAGCUUUUCGUGUUCCCAAGUCAGAUGACGGCAUGACGGUCAUAGGCCGACGAGGUCGGGAGGUUGACCCAACGUAUCUCAUAGUGCUAUGGCAGAGGGGCGGACAUGAUGUGGGCAUCUUCAAGAAUGCAGCUAACCUGCGGACGAACGAAACAACCCGCGUUUGGGCCACUCCCUUGCCUGUCCGCCAAACCUUGAUGGCGAAAUGGAGGCACGACCUUCAGGAGGAGAUGGUAGAUGAUAUUGGUGCUGUUGGCCAAGAUUACAAUACCUGUCAAAUGCAACUCAGCCAGAAGUUUGGCGAAUCAUUGGUUGCGACGCUCAAGGCUAAAAGGAUCGAGGCUGGAGAGAUUUUGGAGAGCCAUAUCCUGACCGCCCUUGGUGAAAACACCAAUCAGCUUAUCCUUGUCGGAGGACCACAAUUGAGACCAAAAGUCAACAGUUACGCCCUCCAAGUCGAGAGUGGCCAAGGAUAUGACUUGAACAGGUCGCUUUUCGAGCGCCUUGUUCUGAAAGGAUUCCCCCACACUACUCUCACCCAGCAACACCGCAUGCGGCCCGAAAUCUCCACACUUGUUCACGAACUCACAUACCCCGAACUCACUGAUGCCGCUGGCACUCACGGCAGAGACGAUAUUCGUGGUGUCCAAGAUAACAUCAUUUUCCUCAACCAUGCUCACCCCGAGGACGGUGAUAUCAAAGUCAGUGAUCGCAGCGAUCCUGGUUCUGUAACUUCAAAACAAAACUCCUACGAAGUCAGCAUGGUUCUGAAGAUUGUCCGGUACCUUGCUCAACAAGGUUAUGGAACAGAUAAUAUUGUCGUCCUAACGCCUUAUCUUGGGCAACUCUACAAGCUUUGGAAAGCUCUCAGGACAGACAAUGACCCGGUGUUAAACGACCUCGACUCUUAUGACUUGGUCCGUGCAGGGUUGCUCUCUCCUGACACUGCAAAGGCAUCCAAAAGAAAGAUAAGACUGGCUACCAUAGACAAUUAUCAGGGAGAGGAAAGUGAUAUCGUGGUUGCUAGCUUGACACGAUCGAAUCCUGAUGCUGCUAUCGGCUUUAUGAAGUCCCCUGAACAUUUGAAUGUCCUCUUGUCUCGUGCCCGGAAUGGUUUCAUUCAUAUUGGCAAUAUGGAUACGUUCCAGAGCAAAUCCCCUCUUUGGAGCGGUCUAUUUGAUCUUCUCAAACAGGCGUCACACAUCUAUGAAGGGUUUCCCGUCAAAUGCGAACGUCAUCCUGCGCGGAAAGCCAUUCUGCGAGACACCAACGAUUUCGAUGAGCAAUGUCCUGAUGGAGGUUGUGUGGAGCCUUGUGGUACUAUGCUUAGUUGCAGCGUGCACCCUUGUCCUUCGAAGUGUCAUCAAUUUGUUGAUCACUCCAAAGUGCUUUGUCAACAGUCAUUAUUUGGGAAAUGUGCGGCGGAUGUCCACAAAGUUUCAUGGAAGUGUCAUCGAGGGCCUCCCACAAAAUGCACACCAUGUGAGAAGGAUGCAGCGUGGGCUGAAAAGCAAUUACUGUGUGAUGCAGCACUCCAGGAGAAACGUGAUCUCGAGCAAGCUGCUCAUGAUACCCAAAUGGCUGAAAUGGACGCAAGGCUUAAAGUUGAGGCCGACGCUAUUGCAGAUGCCAAUACUGUGAAGCAGAGAGAGGCUAUGAUCAAGCAGAAGGAACGAGAAAUUCAAGAGGCAAAAGUUCAUGUGCAGAAAACUGCAGGUUCCUCAAUGGACGGCAGUGCAAACACAUCUGAACCAUCAUCCUCUUUCACACAGAAAUCCUCUAAUCCUUUGUCUGCUCCUUCACAACCUCCCGACCAACAAAACUCUGCCGCUCGUGAUGACUGGGAGUCACAGAAGAGGCUCUUGGGCGAGCAGAACAACGCGAUUGAUAGCAUCAUGGCAAUGACUGGACUGGAAGGAGUGAAGUCGCAAGUCUUAGAAACCAAGGAGAAGCUAGACUUGAUGAAACGCCAGGGAACCCCAGCAAACAAGGAGCGUCUGAAUCUUGCGCUCUUGGGAAAUCCAGGGACAGGGAAGACAACGGUCGCGAGGCUGUAUGCUCAGUUUAUCGAAUCAAUCCAAGUGCUUCCAGGGAACGCAUUCAAGGAGACAACAGGAGCGAGUCUGGCACAUGACGGUGUCGGUGGUGCAAAGAAGCUCAUUGAAGAUGCUGAAACUCGGCGGUGUACCGACGUUCUCGACUAUCUGCUAGCGGAAAUGGAGAACUGGGUUGGAAGCCUGGUUUUCAUCCUUGCUGGGUACAGCCGUCAGAUGGAGAAAUUCUUCAAUCAUAAUCCAGGUCUUCCAAGUUGUGUCCCGCAUAGAUUCACCUUCGAGGACUACAGCGACGAAGACCUCCUUGACAUGCUCGCUGAUCUGGUGGAUAAACAAUAUAGAGGCCAGAUGAAGGCCGUGGUUGCGGCUGCGAAGGCUUUGGCAAUGCCCGUGCACUGCAAAACAUGUUUGCUGCAGAUACGCCAGCGACAAGCUGCGAGGGUAGGAAAAGAGCGCAAGAAUGGAUCAUCACCAGACAAUUUCUUGCUCGUUAAGGAGGAUCUCAUUGGUCCCAAUCCGGACACUGUUCUUCCGCACUGCCCUUCGUGGAUAAAGUUGCAAAAGCUUACUGGUCUUGAAUCCAUGAAGCAAUCUGUCAGCAACCUCUUCAAUCUCAUCAGGACAAACUAUCAUCGCGAGUUGGCAGAAAAGCACCCUCUCGACAUGGCCCUUAAUCGGGUUUUUCUUGGCUCCCCAGGGACUGGCAAGACCACCAUCGCCAAACUCUAUGGUCAAGCGCUAGCAGACCUAGGGCUUCUUAGUAACGGUGAAGUCGUGAUGAAGAAUCCUUCAGAUUUCGUCGGACAACAUCUUGGGCACUCUGAACAGAACACUAAGGCCAUCUUGGAGAGCACCAUCGGAAAAGUCCUGGUCAUUGAUGAGGCAUACAUGCUACACAGUAAGAAUGGUGGUGCCCAGGACCCCUACAAGACCGCUGUCAUCGACACCAUGGUUGCAGAGAUACAAAAUGUGCCGGGGGAUGAUCGUUGUGUCUUACUUUGGGAUACAAAGAACAGAUGGAGGACAUGUUCAAGGCAGGACGUUAAUCCUGGCUUUGCUCGGCGCAUUGCGAUUGAGGAUGCUUUCAUGUUUGAAGACUUCACCGAGCCCCAGCUACAGGAAAUAUUUGAAUGCAAGCUAAAGGAUCAAGACCUCGGCGCAACAGAGAAAGCAAAACAAGUAGCCAUGGGUGUUCUGAGCCGAAGAAAGAACCGACAUCAACACCUUCCCAUCUGUCUCUGGAUAUUAUCUUCGAACCAGAAGACUUUGACCCUAAGUGGGACCGCGAUCAGCACUGCUGCGGCAAACUUGGCUCAGUUGUUUGAAGAUAUGGUUGGAUGUGAAGCCGUUAUCCAGAAGCUGGGAGAUUAUCAGAACAUGGCUCAAGGGAUGAAAGCAUUCGGGACUGGAUAUGCGCAAGCAAAUUCCUACCAGCUUCAUUUUCAAGGGACCCCCUGGUAAUCAAAUCACGUCCAAUGUUGUUCAUGUGUUAAUGCCUUCUCCUCAGGAACCAGAAAG